AUGCCUCCUCGCCAGCAAACCGCAACGUUUGAAGACGUGAGUGAAGUGGUUAAGAAACCUCGGUUGGCCGAAUCUAUUAACGCUUCUGGGGUGAUUGAGCGGUGGAUCCGGAGUGGCACGUCCACAAGAAUAAGUCCUAGUGCAGCUACCUUGCCGGUAUUCCGAGAUGUAAGAAAGCAUGGGAGGAUAGAGGUUCAUCAUCCAGCGGAAGGGUCAUUCCAAAAGAGGGUGCUUACCUUAACUGAAGUUCGAACAAGUGAUAGUGACGUAGUAGUGGGAACCUUCCUUAUGCAAUCUGUUCCGGCAGCAGUCUUGGUAGAUUCAGGAGCGUCUAACUCGUUUAUAUCACCCGGACUCGUGAAGAACUUGGGCUUAUCUGGGGGCACGGGAGUGAAGUUUAACGUGAAGGGCAUCAAGAUCAACAUCAAGGGAGAAGAGUUCCCUAGCGAUCUAAUCCAGUACGACUUGGACGGGAUAGAUGUGGUCUUAGGUAUGGACUGGUUAGGGCGGUUUAGAGCCCAAAUCCUGUGCAAUGAUCAGAAGGUGGUGCUACGAGUACCCAGUGGGAAAAGGGUGUCAUAUCGGGGAAAGAUGGAAGAACCCGGGAUUAAGCUAGUGUCUAUGACAAUGAUGAAGAGGUAUAUGGAUAAAGGCAAUGAGUUAUACUUGUGUUCGGUCGAGAACUUGAAGGCAAAAGGAGAGGUAGCUCAAUCUAUACCCGUAGUCCGUGAAUUUCUUGAUGUAUUUCCCGAGGAAAUAUCGGGUAUGCCUCCUACUAGGGAAGUGGAGUUCUCAGUGGACCUUAUGCCAGGCACGGCACCCAUUUUUAAGGCCCCAUAUCGUUUGGCUAUGCCAUAA